GAGCGCGCGGGCGGAAGUGCCUCACCGGAAGGAGCGGGGCUAGUGGCACUUCCGGGUGGGACCGCGGCGGGAGCGGGCGCCAAUGGGGCGCCGCAAGUCCAAGCGGAAGCCGCCCCCCAAGAAGAAGGUGACGGGGACCCUGGAGACCCAGUUCACGUGUCCCUUCUGCAACCACGAGAAGUCCUGUGAUGUCAAGAUGGACCGUGCCCGCAACACGGGGGUCAUCUCCUGCACCGUCUGCCUGGAGGAGUUCCAGACACCCAUCACUUACCUCUCAGAGCCGGUGGAUGUCUACAGCGACUGGAUCGAUGCCUGUGAAGCUGCCAACCAGUAGCAGGGGGGUGGCCCCAGUUCCCCCCUCCCAGUAUCACCCCUGGACACUGGGAAGGGGGUUAAGGACACGGGGGGGGGUGUUAUGAUAUGGGGGGGUCACGUUCUGCUACCCCUUUGUGGGGGUUUCAUUCCGGUUUGUAGCUUUGUGUCCCCUGUGUUGUGACCCCAAUGUGUUCCCCCCCUCACCCCACAGGGAUGGGACCCCCUCUUUGGGGUGGCUUGGUGGGGGGGGGACACUUGUCACUGUGGUGUGGGGACAUGUGGGGACAUGUGGGGACAUGGGGAGGGGGGUGACAGUAAAUAAAUGCCCUGGUGGGGCUGGGCUGGGGCUGAGCAUCCUUGUCA